ACCGACCUGUAUGACAAAUUGCUUUGUACGAGUCCAUAAACAUGACUCAGAGGCAUUGCUAUAUCCCCGAAUGACCUCUGAAGGCGCCAAAACAAUAGAGCAGAGGAGCGCCACGAGUGAUGCUCACGCAGAUGUGACAUUCUUCUCAAGCUGGGUGGGUGGGUGAGAAUGGAAUGGAGAGAGAAAGAGGUGCAGGCAGGAUGCCAGCAGGGAGCCACGCAGGCUGGGAGUAGGAUAGAUAGUCUUCACGGAGGCGUUGAGUGAAUGAGUUGUGUGCACGCUGCUCUCUCUUCUCUCUCUCCUCACUGAGCGUUCCGCUGUGUGUGUGUUGGUGUGUGCAGUUCUGCCCUUACGCCCAGCGGGCCUGGAUAGCACUCGAAGAGAAAGGCGUCGCUUAUAAGUGUACCUAAGGGGAUGACUGAGAGAGGCUAUGAUGAGCGACGCCUCUCUCUCUCCCCCCGUUUGUCUGACGUGUGUGUGCAGAUGUGGAGAUCAAUCCCUAUGAGAUUGGUGCUGAUGGCGACACCAAGAGGGCCCUCUCCCUCGAGGUGUGCAAAAGACAGAUGCAUGGAUGCAUGGAUGAAUGAUGAAUGGGAAAGCUGGUCAUCGCACAGCAAAAGCGGGAACGCUACCCCGAGUUUGUGCGGUGCUCUCCGCGCGGCCUGGUGCCGGCUCUCAACCACGGCAAGCCCGUAUGGGAAUCAUUGGUCGGUCGGUCGAUCAAAGGGAGCGGACGGACACCUAUCUACCACACGUGCACUCGGCCCUUUUCUGUGUGUGUACUGUGUUGUGUUGUGUUGUGUGUAUGCAGGUGGCGGCCGAGUACAUUGACGAGGCGUUCGAUGGUCCACCUUUGAUGCCUAGUCAUCCGCACGAGAGGGCACUGGUGCGGAUAUGGAUGGCCCACUGCAACGAUCGGGUCAUCCCACACUACUACAAGGCCCUGAUGGCCGAGACGGAGGAGGGGCGCCAGGCGGCCAGAGACAACUUCAUCAACGGUGCGUGCGGUGCGAGGGAGGGAGGGAGCCAAGACAGGCGAGUCCAUCGCCGAUGCGCAUGAUGCAUGUAGAUCGCGUUGAUUGCUGUCGGCAUGGUCAGGUCUCUAUGAGCUGGGCUCUUUCAUGCACUCCCUCUCCCCCUCUGGCGGGUGUUUCCUGGGCGGCGACCGCUUCUCACUUAUGGACAUCGCUCUCGCGCCCUGGUGGCAGCGGGCAGCUGUGGUGCUCAGGCACUACCGAGGAUUCAAGGUGAGAAGAUGGAGUGGGCUCAUGUAGGCGGCCCUUUUGUGAUGGCUGCAUUUGUGCGCAUCAAUCAGUUCCCGGAGGAUGGUCCGGUGUGGCAGCGGCUGCACAGCUGGUUCGAUGCCGUGGCCGGACGACCGUCAUACCAACGGUAUGUAUGUCGAAGAGCAGAGCCGCUUGGGUGCAGGACGGAGGAGCCAGCUGGAUUGUCUGUUUGGUUGCGUUGCCGUGUUGUGUUGUGUUGUGUUGUGUUGUCAGGACGGUGGUGAGUCCAGAGGAGCUGAUCAGGAACUAUGCCGGGUGAGUGAGUGCAUGGCAUGUUGGUUGCUCCCUGCCUACCCUCGUGUGCUUAACCGUGUGAUGCAACGCAGGUAUGCUGACAACUCAGCUACAUCCGAUGCAGCCAAGAAGUUCCGCGACAGCUGACUUAGCCGAUGCAACGACCCGUAGUUGUCUAUCCAGUGUCGUGUUCGAGUGGUUUGUCGUGCCUCUCUCUUCUUGUAGGUAGAGAUGUGCAGUUGGUUAGUGUGUCAGUGUAGGUCAGAGAGCAUGGUUGUGUUGCACACUCACCUCACGCACAGCACCCGUGCGCUACGCAAGACCGUGCUUCAUGUCAUGUGACAUGUACAGUCUCAAGAAGAUGAG